AUGAACCGAUCCCUCUGGCAACAUCAGGCAGGGGUGCCAGGAGUCAUCCGAGAGAGUCCGAUUCCCUCCCAAAUUUCCGAUGAAAAUAUCGUGGUCAAAGUCCAUGCCUGGGCGAUGAACCCAGCCGACGCCGUGGUCCAAGACAUCCCCCUGCCAUUCAUCAAAUAUCCCCUUAUUCUAGGGCAGGAUAUCGCGGGCACCAUUGAAAGCGUAGGAUCAAUAGCCGGUACCAAAUUUCAACCCGGUGAUCGUAUUGUUGGCCUGGCUCUUGGGGCAGUCGUGGCAAAGCCUGAACAGGGCGCCUUUCAGGACUAUGUGAUCCUCGAUUACAAUCUGGCUUGUAAAAUCCCAGAUACUCUAUCUUUCACCGAUGCAUCUGUCUUUCCACUCUGUAUCGCGACUGCUGCGCAAGGCUUGUUUUCCAAGGAAUAUCUCAGCCUGUCAUUUCCCUCGACUACUACUGGCCCAAACAGCAUGGGUAAGUCUAUCCUCAUCUGGGGCGGUAGCUCAGGUGUCGGUAGUAAUGCGAUCCAGCUCUGCAAAGCGGCAGGCUUUGAAGUUAUUACAACAUGUUCCUCUCGUAACGCUAAGUACGUCAAAGAUCUGGGUGCAGAUAUUGUCUUCGAUUAUACCGACAAGAACGUCAUUGAUCAGGUCGUCGCGGAGCUGGACAAGAGCGAGUGCAUCGGUAUCUUCCAAGCGGCUGGUGAGCCUGGCCCAUCCUGCCAAGUCGCAUAUAAGUCCAAACAAACGCUGCGUGUAGCUGCUACCAACCCUGUCACCGAGGACGUCGUCCCGGAGGGUGUUGAGGCCAAGAUGAUCUUUGCCUCUGGGGGUGCUGUCAUCUACUAUGAGACCAACCUGGCUACUUUUGCGGGUUAUCUACCUGAGGCAUUAGCUAAGGGCACCUACAAGGUUGCCCCUGUCCCGGAAGUUGUUCCAACAAAGGGAGUUGAGGGAAUUCAGGAGGCUUUGGAUAUCCUGAAGAAGGGCGUGUCGGCGAAGAAGUUGGUAACACUUGCAAAAUAG